AAAAACUAUUUUUCUAAUAUGGCGGCUAGACUGAGAGACGCUUGAGAAAUGCUCCAAGACAUACAUUGUUUGUUGUACGUGUUCUUUAGUUGUUUACAUUUCUGUACAUAAGUCUUUUUCAAAAUGAAUAUGGCAGUAGAGAAAAAAAAAUUCCCAUCGGCAUUACCAACAAAUUGGCCAACGAGGGACGAGCCACCAAGAAAAAUUCAAAGUCAAAGUCAAAAUCAGAAUCAGAAUCAAUUGACAUCGACAGGGAAGGUUGACGUUUAUUACUACAGACGAGGGGUAAUAAAUGAUGCCUCAUUAGUACCACCAAUAAGGCAAACGGCGUCUAUUUUUAAGCAGCCAGUAACAAUUUAUAAAACACAAGAAGGAAAAGUUAAAGAUAUGAAACAUGGGAUUCAAGAGAAACCUAAACAGGAAGGAGCCGAAAAAACUGACAGCAAAAAUGGCUCCCAAGAUAAACCCAAGCAGCUAUUCUGGGAGAAACGACUCGAAGGACUGAGAGCAUGUGAUCCUGAUGGCUAUGAAUUCGACGUUAUGGAUUUGCCAAAAUCUUUAAGACCUGUGGGACCUUAUAUUACCGAGGAAACAUUAUUACAAAGUGUUGCAACUGCAUUACAUGUUUCUUCGCAACCCGUCACAGGACAAACAGGUCCCAAAACAUCUUUAGAAAAAAAUCCAGGAGUUUUUCUCAACCCCGAACAGCCGCUCGUUCAGGCUGUAUCGAUAGCAGACGAAGAUAUUAAGAGACAAGAAGACCGCGUGGCUGUUGCGAGGAGAAAAUUAGAAGAAGCACUACGAGGUACAACGAUAUAAUUUUAGCCAUAUUUUUAUUAACGUCGUUUUGCGGAUCUUACUCCUAAGUGUAUUGUAUAAUAUAUUGUAAGUUAUUGGAUAACUUUGUAAUAAAUGUUUUUAUAUAAAAAGAAAAAA